CAGUAAUGAUGAUGCCUAUUUCUCGUAUAUCGGCAAAAUACCUCAUCGUGUGAAUAAGAAUGAUCAUGCUCGCUCGAAAAUUACCGGCACAUACAGCUUGAACCAUCGACAACCGUUCUUCUAAGUCAUUCACAAUGUCACGGCUAAGGCAAAAGGUUCUCCCUGUGCUCGCAGCAUCUUCACUGCCUUCAUCCCAUAUCACUUCUGCGCCUGACAUAUCAUGGACUCGAGUUGGCCCCGGGAAAGACCAUAUCCUCUCAGAACUUGAGAGCUUGUACUGGGAUGGCGUCAAGGCCGAGCUUGAGAACAUCGUUCGCACGCUCAAAGCGUGGCAGCAGCCAGAAUUUGCUGAUGUCGCUAUUGAAGACGAGGAUGAUGAUCUCAUCCACGGCUUCGAUACGUUUCUUGACUCGGUCAGUCAGCAAUCUCGAGCACACGCCAUACGAUAUGGGAAAAUGAAGCAGGAACAGGCUCGGUAUAUGAAAAAUUGGUCAACUAAAAAUAAGGCAUAUGGGCGUAAAUUUGCCAAAGAUGCUUUUAUUGAUUCGAUAUCAGAUCGAAUCACACAGCAAGCAAGUGAUCAGAUCAAGAGUGAUGUAAGAGGGUUUAUUGAAGGCUUUCUUGAUAUGGAAAAACUGAUCGAGCAUCGUCCCCCUCCUGACAUGUUCGGCUUCUGGAAGAGGCCAGCUAUUCCCCAACUUGCGCUUUCAAAGUUCAAUGAUGACUUCACUCCAAAUUUUGAACCUCUUCGUUGCAUGCGAAAGCAAUGCAAGAAAGUUGUUCGAGGAAGCAUGUUCAUUCGCAACGACGAUGGCUCCGAUCCUGGCAAAAUCUGCGAAGAAUGUUAUCGAAAUCAUUACUACGGCAAAGACCCAUAUACGAAGACUUACAAACACUGUAUCCUGUCAGAGACAAUUACCCCUGAGAUCAGCAGGAAGUUGUGUACGUGUCAGAGAAUCAUUGAUGCCAGCAACAAUGAAAGCUUGUUCCCUAUAUCCUGGCUAGAAGGGCACACUGGCUACGGUAGCAAGAUCAAGGAUAAGUGCAAGCUUCUUCAACUUGGCGACGCGAUUGCUAUGGCCAAAUAUCUCGGCCUGCAAAGCAGUGUAGGAGCGAAGCCUCGGUCUCAGAAAGACAUCGAGAAGUCCAAUUGGAAGGCAAGAGUGGAGGAGCAGCAAAAAAACAGGUACACCUGGUCCUAUGGAUAUACAUCUUCUACCAAGGGAGAUGUUAGUGACUUCGAAGACGAGGAAGAGCCGAAGACAAGGAAUGAAUCUGGACCUCGGGGUGGGCGGCUCAAGAGGAUGAAGACUGUUCAGGAGACCAGUUUGCACGCGAACGACCGUUCACCUACUUCGACUAGCGUCAGCGUGGCGGAAGAAGCAGCAGAAGACGGAGAUAUCCCUCUGUUCUUCAGAAAGUACGUCGAGAAGUAUCCUUACGGAAAUGUUCACAUGGCACUCCGUGUUGGCCCUAUCGUCAUUGAGAACGGAGUCGCGCACACUAAAGGCGGUGCCCUCGUGUCUCUGCGGGAAAUGCCGAUCUUCCAUGAACGGUUCCAUCUGCAGACAAUGCCUGGCAGAGACCUCGCAGUUGGGGGUGGUCUGGAUCGUCCCGUAUGGAAACGCAAACGAAAGGCCACCGACCGCAAGAGAUACAAGGCCAUUAUGAAGCAAGUCGUCGGUGUGCCAUUCAGCGGAGAUUAUGCUUCACAUGAUCAGGAACUUUCUAUCGUUCAGGAUCUCUUGGCUGCCUGUAAACAGCCGUUUGACGAUCCCGGAUUGCCAACCUCUGAUCAAAUUAAGCUACUCGACAAAGUACUCGAGCCAGCUUUGGAGAAACUCAAGACGCUACUCAGUCUCAGACUAAGGGUAUAUCUCGGUAGUAUCUCAGAGCGGCUUCUGGACCAAGACGUUAAGCUGGCUUGGAGUGCAACACAUAACAACUGCCAGACUUUCUGCAGUUCACUCAUCGACAAGACGAUCUUCCAGCCUCUUGUCAAUGGGGAGCCUGGCGACCGGUCUGCUGAUGUGUCCCGUCUCUACACCAUGAGCUUUGUAUGCCCGGAUGAGGGAUACAAGAGACGAGGUGUACGAACCAAGUUUGAUGUUCCGUUCGGGCUCACUGAAGAAUACCUCCUCCGCUUCCACUUUGGUCGUCACGAUGAAUCUGAUAUCAUCGAUACAUAUCAAGAGUAUUGGUAUGACUGGGGUGCUUUUGGCAGCACGCUGUACAAAUACCAGGACUUGUAUCCUUGGGACUGUACAGAGGCUUAUGGGAGAUAUCCCACUAAAUGCGGUGACUGUAACCUUGCCAAGCAUGUUUGGGCUUUUCCAUUCGACUCAUGGUCUAUAUCCUCGCAUCAUCUCUCACGCGACCGUCACAUGUACGCACCAGCAUUGACUGAUCAGGACUUGACAGCUGUUGGCAAAGGUGCCUCUGCAACUUCGUGGAUGCGGAACCGACUUACAGUCCUCUCGGCUAUGUCUGUUCUUCACCGAGCUGCCACAGCCAUGGCUCAGUCAGUCAAGCUCCAAAAGGCCACUGCAUGGCUACACAAAGAUCUCACACAGAGCACCCUUGAUCCGUCUCUAGCAAGAGUCAAACUUGGUGGUAUUCACCGUGCUCAGCCAUGCAGCCACUACUACGAAGCGGGGGUUUACAGCCAUUUCUUCAUUGCUCCGUGGGCAACCCUCACUCGCGCCAAGCAAAUCGAGGCGUACGAACUUCAGCGAGACGGCCGUGUCGGUCUACCCGAUAUGCCAGCUUACCUACGAAAGCGACGUUUCAGCGGACACGCAGACUUGACACAAUACAACUAUGUUGACUUCGGAGGUACAAACCCUGCACCCGACAUCGACAUCAUCAACUUAUCACCCCAUCACCACAUAGGUAUGGAUAACGUAGAUGGCUGCUAUAGCGACUCCCACUUCAGUCCAACGUCCGAGAAGCCGUGCCAUGUCUGCGCAAGCGGGUGUGGAAGUUCAACACGCAACGCAGCAGACUGUGCAAGUGGGGAGACUAUCAGGAUGGCCGAGGCGGCUACUGCUGCUGCUCUCGCUGCAGAGAGUAUAUUGGACUUGAUCUAUACUUCUUAUCAGUGA